CUCAAUCUCUCUUCCACCUCGAGCUUCUCAGCGUUCGACCUAGCGCAACACCUGCUUGCUAUUACUUCAGUUCCUCUUUAUCUACUCUAUUACCUACAUACUUUCACAGCCCUCAGAGCCAUGUCUGUCUCUAUUGAAACCACUUCGACUCCCGUCGUGCCUCUCAAGCAGGAGGCACCCGCAGUUGCUACCACCAAUAGACUGCCCGAGUUCAGUCUGGCCGGAAAGGUCGUUUGCGUUUCCGGUGGUGCUCGUGGCCUUGGAUUGACCCAGGCAGAGGCUCUGCUUGAAGCCGGUGCCCGCGUCUACGCUCUUGACCGUCUCGAGGAGCCUUCUCCCGAUUUCUACACUAUUCAGAAGCGUGCCAGAGAGGAACUCGGCACUGAGCUCCAGUACCGCCGCAUCGAUGUUCGUGACACAGAGCUCUUGCACAGCACUAUCGAAGCAAUCGCCAACGCCGAGGGUCGCAUGGAUGGCUUGGUGGCUGCUGCUGGAAUUCAGCAGGAGACCCCUGCCCUGGAGUACACAGCCCAAGACGCCAACAGGAUGUUCGAAGUCAAUAUCACCGGUGUCAUGAUGACCGCGCAAGCGGUUGCUAAACAGAUGAUUCGCUUUGGAAACGGAGGAAGCAUUGCACUGAUUGCCAGUAUGAGCGGCACUAUUGCCAAUCGCGGUCUCAUCUGCUCUGCCUACAACGCUAGCAAAGCGGCCGUCAUCCAACUCGCCCGCAACCUUGCCUCCGAGUGGGGCCAGUACAACAUCCGUGUCAACACUAUCUCUCCCGGUUAUAUCGUCACCGCUAUGGUUGAGCAGCUCUUCGUCCAGUACCCCGAGCGCCGCGACGAGUGGCCCAAGCACAACAUGCUUGGACGUCUGUCCUCUCCGCAGGAGUACCGCGGAGCAGCUGUCUUCCUUCUCAGCGAUGCUAGCAGUUUCAUGACCGGAAGCGACCUGCGCAUCGAUGGAGGCCACGCCGCGUGGUAGUUGGCCCGGGCGGCCACUUCAUCGCAUCGUUCCCGUUCAUUUUCGUUUCGGUCUCUUGAGCUUACGACUAAUUGCACGCCCCGGGGUAAUCAUUGCAUGGCGUUUAUGGAAGCAAUAGCGGAUCUUUUCCUUUUUUUCCCACCUACUUAAUCAUCUGACUAGCAAAAGAGUUAGCGAUCAUGGUGUUGACGGCUUGUGAUGGGCUGCAUAGAGCGUCCGUUUCGUUUCAGGAUCAUGUAAUUACGUGCACUUUCCAGCACAAUUAACGAGGUUCCACGUCUUUCGA